AGCAGCAAAAGGGAAAAAGUAAUGAAACGCCUCCCUUCCUCGUUUUUCUCUCGUGUGCCGCUUAUUCCGCUACUGUUUUUGUAGCCCUGCCCCUUAAAAUGAAGAACGGCUCUCAAUGAGGAGUCGGUUCGAAAGGCCGAAACGUUCGCGACUGACCCUUGACUAAGGUUUAGUCUAGCUAGCUCCGUCCAGCCGAAACAGCAACGAGUAACGUCGUUAAGCCUUUUCAGUUUGCACCGGAGACGUUGAAAUUGAUGAGAAUGUAGAAAUAAAGAAGAGAGAAAGAUGAGAAGGACCAAACGGAGGAAGAAGCUGGUGUUUCUGCUGCUGUUGUCACCUGCAGCUUUAGAAAUGAAACAAUGAAUGACACAUACCUCUGGUCUGGACUGUGUGAUUAAGGAAUGGGUUGAUCAAAUGCAGAAAGAGCUCGUCACCUUGGCAGACACAGCCACAGCAGGGCAGAGCCUCAUUCAGAUUUUUCUGAAAAAUCAGCAUCUCUAUACUGUAGAGCAAAAUGACGCAGAAGAGCUGGUGGCCAGAGCAGCCAGGAACAUAGAACAGCUGCUGCGGAAGAGGUCUGCUGCCUUGGAGAAACUGGCCACAGCUGCAGAGGUAUUCCAGAAGGAACAUGCAUGGAAAGACGAGUUUGAGGAUGAUGAAAUUGCUUACUACAAUUCAAAGGACAACCUGGAUGCAAAUGAGACAGAGGGGAGAAAAUACAGGAUUCGACCAGACUUUAAAGAGGACCCUUCAUUCAAACGGUUGACUGAUCACAACCAUACAGCUGUCCACAUUCCCACUGACAUCUAUGAUGGCUCUACCAUCGUGCUGAAUGAGCUGAACUGGACAGAGGCACUGGAGGAUGUCUUUAAAAAGAACAGAGAAGAUGACCCAACACUUCUUUGGCAGGUGUUUGGCAGUGCUACAGGCCUGGCUCGCUACUACCCAGCCUCUCCGUGGAUGGAUGCUCGCAAAACUCCCAGCAAAAUUGAUCUGUAUGAUGUCCGCAGGAGGCCAUGGUACAUUCAAGGGGCUGCCUCACCCAAAGAUAUGCUAAUCCUUGUGGAUGCGAGUGGUAGUGUCUCAGGUCUGACUCUGAAACUAAUCAGAACAUCCGUCAGUGAGAUGCUAGAGACAUUGUCUGAUGAUGAUUACGUCAAUGUUGUUUAUUUUAACACUAGAGUGAAGAACACAGCCUGCUUCGACCAUCUGGUUCAGGCCAACGUGAGGAACAAGAAGCUGCUGAAAGAUGCUGUUCAGAACAUCACAGCCAAAGGAAUUACAAAUUACACUAAAGGCUUUGAGUUUGCAUUUGAACAGCUUUAUUCGACUAAUGUGAGUAGAGCAAACUGCAACAAGAUCAUCAUGUUGUUUACUGAUGGAGGAGAGGAACGAGCUCAGUCCAUACUGGAAAAAUAUAAUGCAGACAAAAAGGUCAGAAUCUUCACCUUUUCAGUUGGACAACACAACUAUGAUAAAGGACCCAUCCAGUGGAUGGCCUGCUCCAACAAAGGUUACUUUUAUGAGAUUCCUUCCAUUGGAGCCAUCAGGAUAAACACACAGGAAUAUCUAGAUGUCUUGGGAAGGCCCAUGGUUCUAGCAGACAAACAGGCCAAACAAGUCCAGUGGACUAAUGUCUAUCUUGAUGCUCUGGAACUAGGUCUGGUCAUUACUGGAACACUGCCUGUUUUCAACAGAACAAAGACUGUUGAUGACAGGAACGGAGAGCAUCAAAAUCAGUUGAUUUUGGGCGUAAUGGCGAUUGAUGUAUCUCUUGACGACAUCAAGAAACUCACACCACGCUUCACAAUUGGUCCUAAUGGAUACUACUUUGCUAUUGAUCCCAACGGAUAUGUUCUGCUGCAUCCCAAUCUCCAGCCAAAGAAUCCUAAAUUUCAGGAGCCUGUGACCUUGGACUUUCUUGAUGCUGAGUUGGAAAAUGACAUAAAAGUGGAGAUAAGAAGAAUGAUGAUUGAUGGAGAAAUAGGAGAAAGUACUAUUGAUACUUUGGUUAAAACUCAAGAUGAGAGAUAUAUAGACAGAGGGGUAAGAACCUACACAUGGGCUCCAGUCAAUGGAACAGAUUACAGCCUGGCCCUUGUUUUACCUAAAUACAGUGAAAACUUCAUUCAAGCUAAACUUGGGGACGACAUAAAACAAGCCAUCUCUUCACCUUGGGGGGAAGAAGCCAUGGAGACUAUUCAGCUGGAUAGGUUUGACGAGUUUGGUUAUACUUACAUUGCUCCAAGGGAAUACUGCAAAGAGGUGAAGGUAUCUCUCAACAACACCCAGUUUCUUCUCAACUUCAACCAGUACAUUGACAGAAGUACUGCAGAUGCAUGCAAUGAGUCUCUCGUGAAACGACUCAUCCUGGAUGCAGGCCUGACAGCUGAGCUGGUUAAAGUUUGGAAAGAGCAGUCAGUAGAUGGAACAGUAGCAAGGUUUGUCGCAACAGAUGGAGGAAUUACUAGAGUUUAUCCGAGAAGUGCUGGAGAAGAAUGGACAGAGAAUCCUGAGACAUAUGAUUCCAGCUUCUACAAGAGGACUUUGGAUAAUGCAAUAUAUAUAUUCACAGCUCCAUCUUUUAACACAGAGGUCAGGGAGCCUGUGUCCGAAUCGGGAAUCCUGGUGAGCAAAGCAAUAGACCUCAUCAUCGAUAAAGUCAUGCUCAAACCAGCAGUGGUGGGAGUAAAACUCAAUGUUUCAUUCUGGAUGAACAGUUUUAUCAAUGCAACACUGAAACUUAAUUGCAAAGAUGAGAUUUGUGGCUGUCUUAGGAAUGACAAGCAUGUGGAUUGUGUAAUAUUGGAUGAUGGAGGAUUUCUGCUCAUGUCUAAUCAAGAAGAGUAUAUUUCCUUGAUAGGUCAGUUCUUUGGCGAGGUUGAUCCGGUGCUGAUGAUAAACUUGGUCAACACAUCCCUGUACUCCUUCAACAAGACAUAUGACUAUCAGUCUGUGUGUGACCCAGAGAAGGACAACAAGGCAGCAGCAGGACCUCGCUCCAUAUUUGUGCCUACUAUUGCAGACGUCCUCAGUAUAGGCUGGUGGGCUUCCAAUGCUGCUUGGUCAAUGCUUCAACAGCUUUUCUUCAGUCUUUUGUUCCCUAACCUUUUAGAAGCAGUGGAGUCAGCAGAUGAUGACAUACCAGAUGCCAUGUUCAAAGAAAGCUGCAUCACAGAGCAGACUCAGUACUUUUUUGACAAUGAUGAAAGAUCAUACUCGGGUGUCCUAGACUGUGGAAACUGCUCCAGGAUGUAUCGUGCUGAGAAGCUUCCCAACACAAACCUGGUGUUUCUGAUCACUGAUGCCAAGGCAACAUGUUUAUCCUGUGAUCCCAGGCCACUUCGUCAGGCUGAGCAACCCUCUGAAGGACCAAAUCCUUGUGAGCUGGCUCAGAGCCCCAGAUACCGCAAAGGGCCUGAUGUAUGCUUUGACAACAAUGAAAAUGAGGAUGAUUCUGAUUGUGGAGGAGGGAACCACCUAAGUCCAAGUCUCUGGUCAAUGCUUGGCCUCCAAUUGCUGUUCUGGCUCACCAAAUUCUUACUACAGUCAUGACCCCUACACACACUCAAACGCUCAACCACGCUCACCCCUGCACAGAUGAUCAUCACAUUGCACGGGAUGCCAGAAGACAUUCCACUUGCGCCAUACAGGAUGUAUGCAGAAACAUGUUAAACAUUUAAAAAAAAACAGUCUCAGCAUUUCCAUUUUCCAAUGCCAAAGGGUGCUCAUCCAUUUCCUCGUCAUUUUUAAAAGUGGAAACGUACUGAGAUCAGCUGCAAUCAUUUCUAUCAUCUACAACUUAAUCUUCUCUAUGGUGCAAAUGUAAGAGCUAACCAAACCCUUUAAUUCUGCCUCAUUUGUUUUUUAUUAUUAUUAUUAUUUAUAAAGUAAAGAUGGAAGAUGUAUUCCACUAUGCCAACUGGAAAUCAAGCAAAGACUACACGUUCACUGACAGCAUUGAUUUGUGAAGUUGUCAGCAUUGUUUGUUGCAUAUGGGACAAUAUGCUGUAAAGAUGUUUUUCAACCAGUGCAAAUAUCAUAAUUAUCAUUUUCAUUUGAAAUUAUAUAUUUUUUUCCUCUUUAUUUAUUGAUUUUGUUUGUAAAAUCAACUAGCAUUCAGUGACUUGCUAGGUGUUUCAUUGUCGUAGCAUGUGCUCAGUAGAGAGCUUAAGAUUACAUCAUCACUUUGACACCAAAGCUCCUAAACAGUACCAAGGACCACAACUUUCCCAGAGAAUGUGCACGCUAUUUUUCUUCUUUGUGAACAACAUUCCUUGCUUAUAGGAGUACAGUAUAAUUGUAUUUUAGCUACAGCAUUAGGUGUGUCUGCCUGCACUCUGUGCAGUCUUUUAGGUAAGUGACAACUUCAAACCUGGUUGUGCUUGGAUUAGCAGUUUGGUUGUCUUCGGUUUGAUGCAUUGAAUUCCCAGUGCCUACAUAGUAGCUCUAAACAUUCUGAUAUAUGAAUGAAGCAGUGCACCAGAGUUGUAUUCUUACCAUGUAUGCCUCUAGGCUAAUGCUUAUUUCACUAUAGCAGGGAAGUCAACCCUAGCAGUGAUAAUUUAUGAAACUGGCCAAAUCCACUGCUGUUGUUCUAAUUCUUGAGAUCGACACCACACCUCAAUAAAACACUCAUUUCGAUUUUGGGGGAAGGGAAAACCAAACCUAAUGCAGACCUGUCCAUGUGUUCCAGCAUCACUCUCCCCUUUAUGACCCUGUUUCUGUUCCCUUUCUGGAUCACCAGACUCAGGAGCCAAGAUGACUUGUGAAUGAGCACAGCAUAUCAAAGACUGUUUUAUUUGUUUCAUUCCUCUUGCCGUCACCUCCCUAUGCUUGUUUCCUUUUUAGUGUUGCUCUUAAAGUGCUGUGAAAAAAGGCGCCAAGGGUUUGGCGUCAAAAUGCUGCAUUGUGAUGGGAUGAGCUUGUCCGUGUUUGAACGCUGUAUUUGCCUGUGAUCAGCAUUGGGACCUGCUGAAGAGAAACGUUCUGAAUACUCUACUACUACCAGUGGUAAUUUUGCAUUGCCUUACUUUGUCAAUGUGGUCUUUGUCAAAGACCACAUGUGGGUUCGGAUCUGUUUAUUUACAAGCUAUUUUACUGAUAGCUGCUAAAUUCUCUCUACCUUGCCUUCAUGGUGACAUCCUGCUGUUGAGUGAUCAGGUUAUGCUGUCUAUCAAAGUUGUGUGUUGACUUGUGUUUUAUCCCAGGGGUCCCGUGUCAAUGUGCAGGCAUGUGCGUGUCCCUCUGAUUUCUGAUUGUGCUUUAAUACCGUAUAUGAAAACACUCUUUUGUGGAACUUCACUAGCCUGAAUAAGUUUUGUAUACAUUUGUACACUAAAACUAUUUACUGUAUAAAAGAAAGAAAAUCAUGUAAAAGAAAAAUGUUUAUAAUAUGGUGUUGAUUAUUGUGCAAAUAUAUAUUCACAAUAAAAGUGUUGUAUUGUUAUGA